AUGUUCGAUGGGCAAAUUGUCCAUUUCAUGGGUACAUGUAAAUACACCUUGUCCCGCUACGACAAGAAGGGGGAUUCAUGCUCUUACGCAGUGGAGGUGGAAAACGAACGAAGAAGAGGGAACAAGCGUGUGUCGUACACACGCUUAGUUGACGUCAGAAUAUUCGGCAGGAACAUCCGGCUUCACUUAGAAAGACGAAUUUAUGUGGACGGUAAAAAUGUGUAUCUCCCAUACAAGACAGACCAGUUUGAGAUCAUUUUAAGUGGCAAAUAUGUUCGGUUGGAAACCAGGUGUGGACUUGUGGUUCAAUUUGAUGGUACCCAUAAUGUUAACAUCCGGGUUCCUAACGUGUACGGAAAUGACUUAACUGGAAUGUGUGGUAAUUGUAACAAAAAUUCAACCGACGACCUGAAGGACUUUACACAGUUUGAGGUCGUGGAUGAUUCUGACCGUAAACUUAAACACUGUAUAAAAGAAGAGAGUUUCCAUCCAUGUGCAAAAAAUCCAAAAUAUAGGAUAGCUGGAGAAAGCCAAUCUGUCUGCAGAAUAAUCAACCCAGCAAAUACGACAAACAAUCCCUUCUCCCAGUGUUUCAAACAUUCCAAACAGGAUGCCGAGGUUAUCUUCGGAUCGUGUGUGUACGACUACUGUGCGUUCAGGGUAGACAAUGAGGAUGGAAAAUAUCUCGAGAAUGUGUUGUGUGAUCAUGUCAGUAGUUUGGCCGACCUGUGCGCCAGUAAAGGAAUCAUAGUCAAAUGGAGAACCUCCACGUUGUGUCCAUUGCCAUGUGGGCCAUACUCCCACUACAGAGCAGAUAUGACAGCAUGUCCUGCCACCUGUGUGGACCCUGAGGCCCCGAAAACAUGUCUGAGGAGUCCCGUGGAGGGUUGCGAGUGUGAUUAUGAUUAUGUCCUCAGUAAUCAACGCUGUGUGAGCGAGGUCGAAUGUGGCUGUACUGAUGUGGACGGCGAGUAUUAUCCAUAUGGUACUGAGUUCGUUUCUAGUGACUGCUCAGCAGUAAAGCAGUGUAAAGCGGAAGGCGAUCAGAUGAAUAUUGUUAUCAAGGAAAGAAGGGUCCCAUGUGGUACUAACGCCGAGUGUAAAGCUAAGGACGGGGAAUACACGUGUGUAUGUAAGGCAGGACACACCGGAGAUCCCCUGAAAAGUUGUAAGGCGAAAGAAUGUCGCAUGGAUGUACAAGGCACAGACUAUCAAGGAAUUGUCUCGGAAACAGCAACUGGACAACUUUGCAGAACCUGGAAUACUUUGAAAAACGGCAAAUAUGCACAACUCGGAGAACACAAUAGUUGUCGCAAUCCAAAAGGUGAAAAGAGUGCGCCAUGGUGUUUUUUAAGGAAUGGCAAAUCUUGGGAAUACUGCGACAUACCUAUGUGUAAUGGAAAAAAGCCUGGGUGCAUUUCAACAAUGACUCUAUCAUGUUCGAGUGCAGACGGCGAUACCAAGUGGUGUAGGAAAAGUGGAAUUCGGUAUAUUACCUGGCUCGAUCAGAUUGCUAACACCAAGUGUGUCUUUGGUGAAACCUAUGGAAGACAGAGAGACGAAAUCUGGGUCAAUGGUGGCUGUGGCGGCAAUUUCUCAAUAUGCUAUAAACCAGACAAAAUUACGUACAGGCCGAAACCAACUCCGGCAACAGAAUGCAAAAAGACCAAGAAAGGAACUGAUUAUGAAGGAACUUGGGGCAUCACAACUUCCGGUCGGUUGUGUCAGUCCUGGUCUUCCCAAUAUCCACAAGACCACAACUAUCAUAUAAAGCUAGCAGGAGAAUCAAACUACUGUAGGAACCCUAACAGCCGGAAAGGACCCUGGUGUUUCGUUGACGAUCCAGAGUACAAAAAGCGAUGGGAAUAUUGCGAUAUUUUUUCUUGUUGAGCCAGUGCGACAGCCGGACCAGAUACUACUUUUACAUAAAGUAUAUUAACAAUGAUAUAAAUAAACAUUUAAACAAUUAUA